AUGACAUUAUUCUUACAAGAAACCGCAACAGCAGCAGAUUUAUUCCAUCCUCUCAGCGGCAAUCCUACCAGCAAAAAGAAGAGAAACAGCAGGUCGCUCGAUUUGAUACCCAUUCAUCCAACAGCUACACCCACAGGCCCUCUUGCAAGAUCCACAUCCGCUGUAGAGAUUAAGAUUUUGACUCAAAACAUUGGUAAUCAGAGCAUGCCAAUCCAGAGUACCGAUGGAGAAGCAUCACUUUCUGCCGUGUUGCCUAAUAAUUCAAAUAGCACAAGUCCAACAUUGCCAGCAGCGUCCAACAUGAGCCCAACAAGUGGGAGCUUACUAUUCAAUUUUGGACUUUCGACAAAAUCAUGUUCUCCAAAUUCAAGGAAACAAAGUGUUUGUUCUUCUAUCAUACAGAAGGAGCCUUCAACUGAAUUUAGCAAUAAUGGCAGUAGAUCAAGAAGAGGAUCACACUUUUCGGCAUUUUCAAGUUUUACAAGAACGAGCAAAUCUUCCGCAAGUGGUACCAAUCCACUGAAAAAUCUAGUUUCACGAUCUACAGGCAGUUCCUCGCCUUCUGCUGACAGUAGCUGGACCAGAAGGUAUUCUGUUGGUGCACCAUUGAAUAAUCCAGAUGCCGCUAUAGCAAUGCACCCAUUGAACCAAGUUGGUUGUGACAACCCUGUGCCAGCAAAGCCCAUCUUGCCCAUGGGCCUACAACAAGAGAUCAACCGAUUCGCCAUUGAUGGAUUUGCGAAAAAGUACUUUUCAACACACAAACGAGGACUGUUCAGACGAAAAGUGCCCAUGACAGAGAUGCUGAAAUGGACCAAAGAAUCCAUCAAACAACCAUUGAUCAUGAUGAACAAGGAGCUGUACAAGGAUGCCUACAAGUGCUUCAAAAUGAUCCAGAUGGUCAUGGGCGAUCGACCCCGGCCUCGUUAUACCAACGAUAUCGAAGAUAUACAAGCUAUACUGACAUGCGGUAUUACAAAGGGCCAGAUGAGAGACGAAAUCUACGUGCAAGUGUGUAAGCAGCUCCACGAUAAUCCUAGUGGUGAAAGUAUCCGCAAGGGAUGGGAAAUCUUGUGUAUCAUUAGUGUCACUUUCCCUCCCUCUAAGAACUUGGAAGCCUAUCUUACGGAUUUCGUGCAACAGAAUCAUCAUGUUCAGGAAAACCAUGUUGAUAUCAUGAGCCAGCAUGUAUCUGCUAAACUGAAAAGAGUGUGUGUGCGUGGUGCAAAAGGAAAGGUGUUGACCAGUGCAGAGAUCAACCGUGCCAAGGAAGCGCCGUUCAAGCCCUCAGUCUUUGGUGAAUCGCUUAGUUUCAUCAUGAAAUUACAGCAGGGCAUUGAUCCUACAUUGCAAAUACCUCAAAUUGUGCCUUUCUUGGCGAAUGCUGUUCGUCAAACCAAUGGCCAGCAAUCAGAAGGCAUCUUCCGAGUGCCAGGCGAUGCGGAUGCUGUUACUGAUCUGCGUGUGCGUAUUGAAAAUGGCAACUACGAUGCAUCCGGCAUCACAGAUCCCAAUGUCCCAGCUUCACUGCUUAAAUAUUGGCUGCGAGAUUUAGCAGAACCCAUCAUCACAUCGGAAGACUACGACGACUGCAUAAAAUACGCAGAAACACCUGAAAAAGCCAUUGAAAUCAUCAACAGAUUGCCCGACAUAAAUCGACGUAUUGCCCUGUUUACUAUCAGUUUCUUGCAAGAAUUCACAGACCCUGCGCUGAUCAAACACACGCUAAUGAAUGUCAAUAAUCUGGCCAUGGUAUUUGCUCCCAAUUUCCUGCGCUGCCCAUCCGAGAGCUUGACAACCGUGUUUGAGAAUUCGAAAUACGAACAAGCCUUCUUGAGAACCUUGAUCAAUGAAAUGACCAUUGAUGCAGAAGCCUGUGCCUACAAUCAAGAUGGUUCAAAGGCUAUUGGUCUUCAUUCUAAUGAAGCAUAA